GCGCACGAGGAAAGGAGGCGGAGAGAACGGAGGCCUAGAAGAACACAAGCUCAUCGGUUCCGGCUUGGAGCGGGGACGCGCGUGCGCAGUGCGUAGCCCUCGCUGGCGAGCCUGCCUGGCGUUCCUGUUCCGAUCCCCUUCUCCGUCCUCCUUCCGCGUAUCGUGGGCGGCGGCGUCCACUUGGAUCGGUCGGCGAGGCUCACGCUAGUGAAGGGUCUUGUGGAAGGGAGAAGGACCCAGAGCAUGGCAGAAAACAGAGAGCCCCGCGGUGCCAUCGAGGCUGAGCUAGACCCUGUGGAGUACACCCUUCGGAAACGACUUCCCCACCGCUUACCCCGGAGGCCCAAUGACAUUUACGUCAACAUGAAGACUGAUUUUAAGGCCCAGCUAGCUCGCUGCCAAAAGCUGCUGGACGGAGGCACUAGGGGGCAGAACGCAUGCACUGAAAUCUACAUUCAUGGUUUGGGCCUGGCCAUCAACCGGGCCAUCAACAUCGCCCUGCAGCUGCAGGCAGGCAGCUUUGGGUCCCUACAGGUGGCUGCCAAUACCUCCACCGUGGAGCUGGUGGAUGAGUUGGAGCCAGAGACUGACUCUCAGGAGCCACUGACGAGGAUCAGGAACAACUCAGCCAUCCACAUCCGAGUCUUCAGGGUCACGCCCAAGUAGCUUUCAUCCGCCAAGUCCCUUGUGCACACACAGCCAUGUGACUGAGGUUUCUAGUGGUUCAUGGUGUCUCUUGUUCUGAGUUCUGUUGUGGACCUCUUAUCAGAGCCUUGUUACCUCAGCCUAGAGGACUGAGAAUGGAGAGCCCCAAAACUGAAUCUUCCUUGUCCUGUAUAAUAAAAUACUAAGUUGCAUUGGU